GGUGACGUCACAAGCGUGCGCCCGAGUGUCGGUGGGACGGUGCGGUGCGGUGCGGUGCGGUGCGGUGCUGUGCUGUGCUGCCGGGCCAUGGCUCCCGCCGCCGCGCAGGCUCCUGAGAUCCAGUUCGCGCAGCGGCUGGCCGCCAACGAGAAGCGAAUCCGGGACCGCGCCGUGAAGAAGCUGCGGGGCUACAUCAGCCUCCGCACCCAGCGCCCGGGCGGUGGCUUCAGCCAGGAAGAACUGCUAAAAAUAUGGAAGGGACUGUUCUACUGUAUGUGGAUGCAGGAUAAACCACUGCUACAGGAGGAACUUGCUAAUAACAUUUCACAACUUAUCCAUGUGAUUCAGAAUACAGAGGCUCAACAUUUGUUCAUUCGAACGUUUUGGCAAACCAUGAGCCGUGAAUGGAAUGGAAUAGACAAUCUACGUCUCGAUAAGUACUAUAUGCUAAUCCGCAUGAUUUUGAGGCAAUCUUUUGAAGUGCUGAAAAGAAAUGACUGGGAUGAAAGCCUAAGGGAACUGCUAUUGCAGCUACUAAUGAAAGAAGUCAUGGACCCAGACAGCAAUGCUCCCAAAGGGAUAAAGUUCCAUUUCAUUGAUAUCUAUCUGCAAGAAUUGGCUAAAGUUGGUGCAAAGGAGCUCACAGCAGACCAGAGUCUCAAGUUCAUUGAACCUUUCUGCAAUUUCGUUGCCCAAUCAAAGGAUCCUUCUGUGAUGCACGCUGUAGCCAGUGGUAUCUUUGAGAUCAUUGUGGAUCAGUCCCCGUAUGCCAUUGAAGACCUAAUGAAAGAACUGGAAAGCAGCGGUGAUGAGGAAGACGUGUCUGAAGAUGAUGAACAGGGAAAGAAAGAGAUGCUUAAAACCAAAGCAAGUAGACGUUUGUCAGGAAAAUCGGCACAGAGCGCUGAAAAAACAGAGGAUGUAGAUGAAAAUGCUGAUGAUAGUAUUGGGCCUGUUCUUCAGUUUGAUUAUAAGGCUGUUGCAGACAAACUCUUUGAAUUGGCAAGCAAGAAGAAUACGCCUGCCCUUAACAGAAAGCGUCUGUACAAGCUGGUCAAAAAGUUCCAGGAUUUAGCAGAAGGAAUCUUCCCCCAAGAUUUCCCUGAAGAUGUUUCUACAGAUGAAGACGAUGAUACGUUCAGUAGAGGGAGGCGAAAGAAAAAAGUUGUCAAACCUUCAGGGAAAAACAGUUUGGAAAAAGUAAAAGGCUCGGGGAAGGAUGAACAAGAGGCAUCAAGUGCAAAGGAGACAUCAGUUCCACAGAAGAAGAGGAAAAAAAGGAAGAUAAGGGAGAGCCCACAUGCUGAUUCUGGAACAACCGAUGGAAAUUCUGAGGAGGGAAUAGCUGAAACAUCUGGAUCUGUUAUACUUAACCCAGGAAAGAUGCCAGAUAAUAAGAUGAAGAAGAAGAAGAAAUUGCUAGUUAAUGAGACAAAUGAGAUCAGAAAUGCAGUAAGUGACACCGGAGAUAAGCACAGCGUCUCUGCACAGAGCAGUCAGGCUGACACAGAGCAGAGCAAAAAGAUUCAGUCAGAGAAAAUGAAUCCAAAAGUGCAAAAUGUUCUUGGAAAGCUGGAAUGUCAAAACGGUCCAGCUAAUGCCAAAAAGGCAGAGGAUGUCAACACGUCUCUCACACCAUUAAUUCCCAAGGUUGGGAAAAAGAAACAAAAAGCAGGGUCUGCCUUGGUCAAUGGGGAGAACUUUUCACAGCAGACAGACUUGAAAUGCAACAAGGAGGGCCCACUGUCAAGAGAUGUGGACUCUGAAUCUGAACCCUCCAGAAAAGUCAAAUUGAAGAAAAAGACAAAGCUGGUUGCUUUGGAAGGGAUUGAGGUCUCCAACCAGAAAGCAGCAACCUUGAAAAAGAAGAGAAAAGUUAAAGAGGUGCUAAAUUCUGUUGAAGCCAAUGGAAUUCUGGAGACUGCAUGCAAGAAAAGCAAAAAGGAGGAAAGCAGCACUGCUCUAUCGCCGUUGAAGAAAAAGAAAGCAAAACAAGGGAGUGAUUUUGUGAAAUUUGAAAAAUCAACUGUACCAAAGGCAUUACUCUUCAGGAAGGCCAGAAGUACCAUCUCCUCCACCAGAGCCUCCAUUCCGUUGAAUAAACUGCAGUCAUCCGGCUCCAAAAAGGUCACCUUUGGUUUGAAUAAAAACAUGACUGCUGAAUUUAAAAAGACUGACAAAAGUAUCUUGGUGAGCCCAGAAGGACCCUCUCGUGUAGCUUUCAAUCCUGCACAGAAACCUCGUCAUGGAGUGCUGAAGUCUCCUGCAGGUACCCCAGACGGAGAGCCUAAACUGAAGAAACCACUUACUGCGCAAGCUAAGAAGAAAACAACUGCUAGGGCUUUCUUUUAAACCAAUAGCAGUGGCCUACUUUUGUACAGGACAUUUUGCUAAAAUAUAACAUUCUCUGGAGGUAUUUUGAACUUCUUUAUUUUUUUAAGUUAAUAUGAAUUGUAUAUACAAGAUUCUGAUUGUGACCUGAGACAUCGCUAUUUUAACAGCACUUCAGCUGUAUCUUGAAAUAUUUGUUUUGCCUAUUAACUGAAAAGAAAUAAAAUCCAAUCUCUACUCAGGUAUAGUCUACAAAAAUAUGGUUACCGUCCACUUAAUUCCAAAUAGACUUUUCCAUUUAAUUAAGGAAUGGUGAGAGUUGCAUUGUUCCGGGAUUUUUUUUGAGCCAGUUUAAGAAACCUUGCACUUCAUGCUGUUAAACUCUUUAACAGGUCAGGGCUUGAAAGGAAAAAGAUGACAUAAAUUUUAACUCCAUUAGUUAUUUGUCUGUUUUAAAAUCUUACCCCAUCAUUGGCAUCUUGUUUCUUCUUCUGCGAAUAACAAUUACCUCAUGUCUCUGCUUAAUACGAGCUGGACUUGGGUAGCUUUACCCAACUAAGAAAGGUUUUCCAGGAAUUAUAGAUGUGUGGCUGCUCAACUGAUCACUGAUAGAAGAAAUCUUCACGGUGGGUUUUCUGCUGAGUUGAGAACUCUCACUACAUUACUUUUGGUAGUACAAGUGCCAAAGCUGACUUACAUUUGCCAUAUGGUAAGCCAGCCUCUUCUCUACUGUAACUCGCAUACUCUCACAUGGGAGAAAUCUUUGAUAAUUCCAUCUGAAUUCCAAUCUCCCUACCACUCCAGCUCCAGUGCUGACUUUCCUGGAGGUAUCACAGGGAGCCUAGAUUUCUUCUUUAGCAGCUGGUAUCACCACAUUUUACCAGAACAGAUCUCAUUCAGUGAAUGAACCACUGGCUGUAGUAAAGCUAGAUCAGUGUCGUGCAUCCUUGGUUAAGAUUUGCCUCUCUCAAAUCUUUGGUGCCCCUCAACACAGGGUAAAACUUGACAGUCCAAGCAGUUUGGUUUUGGCUUUGAUGUAGAACCAGAAGAUUUCUUUCUGCAAUGUUUCCUUGCAUUCCUUAUACUUGGAUUUUUAUGUUUUUUUUUAACUAAUGUGCAGAUUUUAAUUCUUUAUCUUGGGUACAGAACACUCUGUACUUCUGUGAAAGACUGUUACGAAAUUCCAAGGGGGAACUGCAAGGAAAGGGAGAGCAAAUGAAAAUAAAACUUCUUUAAUAUGAUUGAGAGACGUCAAAUCUUUAUUUGAAAGUUUUGCUUGUGCAAAGAAAGCAAAGGCUCUGCAGCAGAUCUCUACAUAAGAGUUCAGCUUCAAAGUACAACCUGGUGCCAGAACAGAGCUUCAUGAAACUUCCCACUGGUUCCUUCCAGGAUCCCCUAGGUUCGAGAAAGUAGGACUACUUCAAUACCUUGGGCUAUGAGAACUAGUCAAUGUUUUGCUAAUUCAGUGAGCAGAAUUAAAUUUUGUGGCAUAAUACAUUUGCAUUGCUAAAUGCUACUUCUUCCCAGUCUUUGGUGCUGACUGCCCUCUGCCAGAGUAGUCCCUGUAUGCAACUGGAUUGAAACCAGACUUUCAUAGUUCACCUAGAUUUCUUCAAAUGAUUUCUGUACUUGUAGAGUGCUGAUUGGUCUCAGUUGUUCAAUUCUAACCAUGACAGUUCUUUCGCUAACUUUUGUGGUAUUGCCAUCAGGAUAUUAGAAAGUCAUUUUGCUCUGUCUUUUCUCAUUUAAAACGUAGGACCGAAUUUCUUUUCUUUCUUUCCCUGUUUUUCCCCUCUUACUACUUUCCUUUUCUCAGUAAAGGACUCUGGAGAAUACAUCUGAGAAAACGGAUAGCAUUUGCUGUUUGAACAAUUGUUGUUAAUCUAUUUAUUUUAAAUCUCAUUCUAUAUAUUAGCAUAAUGCAUUUUCUGACAAGACAAUAAGUACGUUGUAUGUUUAUCUUGUACUGUAUGUGAGAAGUCUUCUGUGGAAUAUGCAUAAAUGCAUUUGUAUUUGCAUGGCUGCCAGUGCCCUAUGUUGAAGAUGCCACGUUCCUCCAAGGAUAGAGACGCUAACAGUCAGUAGGUGGAUCUGAUGUGCUUAGAAAAAAAAAAUCAAGGAUUGGGAUGCAUUGGGGUUUCAUGUUGGUUUUACUUUGUUUAUUGUAAUGUAUUUAAGUGGUUGUCUGGAUCUUUUUCAAUUGGCGCUGGAUCCUUUGAACGCACUGCCAGUAUUCUGUUGCUAAUGGUUUUAUAUAAUGGUUCUCUAAGGAGAGGUGUACCUGAAGGGGAAAAAAGGAAAGGAAAAACUGAGCUAACCUGUGUGAUGUCUCUUCAUAGGUUUUUUUUAAUAGUGUUUUUCCAUCUCUGAAGCUGCCAAUCACACUCUGAGCUAAAAUUUAAGCUUGUGGCAUAUCUUUUAAAGAAUAGUAUUUUUUAAUGGUUAUCUCUACAUUUCUGGUACAGAUCUGAUCAACUUUGUAUUUCUCGAGCUUUAACAGUUUAUAAUCCUUUAUAGCUUCAAGAGGACUCAAAAGCACAAUUAUCCAGUAACAUAAAAAGUUGAAACUAUAUUUAAAUUAUUGGGCACGUAAGAUCUUUUAUAUUCUAUCAAAGCUUUGUGACUUGGAAAGCUUCUAGCACCCUUUUUUUGUAUUCCCUGUGCUUAGACUGACUACAGGCAGGAAAAAAUUCUAUUGUCAUUUAUGUACCUCUGCAACAACGUUAUUAAUGGAAAUACGGUGUCUAAGCAUUAGAUCAUUUAGUCUACUUCAAUAAACCAUCUUAUUUUUUUGUGGC